AGAACUCUGGGGAAUAACCGGAAGCUAUCCUUGUCCUUGUAGUGUUAGCUUUUAAUCAUGUUUAGGUACUUAACGACUCUGAGGCAGGUUGCUGGUCGACCUUUUUCCACCAGUGCUUUCAGGCAGGUUGAAAACAAAGUUGCUGCCAAGCAGAAAAUGUUUCAGGAGGACAAUGGUUUGCCUGUUCACUUGAAGGGAGGUCCCAAGGAUGCCCUCCUGUUCUCAGCAACAAUGGCCCUCACAGUCUUUGGGACUGGAUACGUCCUGUACGAGUUGUUUCAAGCAGCAAUGCCUAAGAAGAGUGAAUAAAGAAGUUCCUUCAUCGAUGUGUUCAAUGACACUUAUCCAGUUGUGAAGAUAUUUUUUGUGUGUACGCAGGAUCAAUAUUUAUUCAUUGUUCUGUGGAUAUCUACUAUGUAAUAAACUAUUGUCAAUUCUC